AAAAGAACCUCUACAGGUGCAGGAGGACAUCGAAAAAGAGGAGAUGCAUCGGUGAAGGGUGAAGAAGCAUCAGGACGGUGAAGCUCGCGCAGGUUUGAGAGGCGGCUGUGAUGGCGGUGAUCGGACUGUCGCUGCUGCUGCAGGUGGGCUUCGUUGUGGGCGCGCACUGCUCGGCUCUGGCACCGAAAACGGACGAGCCUCGUCGGCUUCAUCAGCUCCAGCAUCAGCAUCAGCAUCAGCAGCUGCCCCGGGUGGUGGCUGCGUUUCUGCACACGGGCGACCCGUCGGCGCUCGAGCGCGCCAACUGCACCGGCAGGUACGAGCUGAGCGCGCUGCGGGCCGGGCGCGCGCACCCGCCGCCCGCCGCCCGCCGCGCGUUGCACGUGCUCGCGCACGCCGCCGGCUUCCUCCGGGCGCUGCUCGGGGAGCGCGGGCGCGAGCGGAGCCCGGCGCGCGACUUGGAGUGGUGCCGCGCGCUCGUGCGCAGCGUCGUGGACGGCGACGCAAGGGUCCACCGCGCCGCUGUCAUCUUCGACAUCGCCUCCUCCUCCUCCUCUUUCGUCUUCCUCCAGGCCACGCGGCGCGGCCAGGAGAUCGCUCUGCAGGACCUGUCUGCGUCGGCCCCCGACCUCCUCCGCGACGAGACCCCCGACACCGAGUGGUAUCACGCGCACGCGCGCGAGACGCGUCGCGGUGCCGGCGGCGGCAGAGACGGUGGCGACGGCGACGUGGUCGAAGACGCGCACGCCAAAUGGUCUGCCCCAUUCCUGGAGUGCGAGGCCGGCAGUUACGUCCCCCGCUGGCUCCUGACCUUGUCCAGCGCGUUUCACAGCCUGAAGCCGAAACUGACGCCUGACUUCAGGGGAGUUGUUCGUUUGGAUAUCAGCCUUCAGGAUGUGGAUAUUGAUCAGUGUUCCACUGACGGGUGGUUCGCAGGAACUCACAGGUGCAACUUGACCAGCAUGGAGUGCCUCCCCGUCCCGGGUCACGGCUUCCUCCUGGACAAAUACAAAUGUCAGUGCAAGAGUGGCUUCUACCACCCCAGCAGAGUGGCCAUCAACGGCGUCAAGAGGAAGGUCGUGAGCACGCAGGAUGCUGCCGGCCCCAGCCUGUGUCUGCCCUGUCAGGAGGGCUGCGUUCACUGUAAGGACGAUACGCCAUGCGUGGCUCAAAGUGAAGGAUAUCUCCGUAUGGCUGUGUUGGCCUUUCAGGGCGUCUGCAUGCUGUUGGACUUCAUCGGCAUGGUGCUGCUUUACCAUUUCCGCAGGAACAAGAGCAUAAGGGCAUCGGGUCUUGUCCUGCUGGAAGCCAUCUUGUUCGGAGCGCUGCUUCUCUACUUUCCUGGGGUGGUCCUGUACUUCCAGCCCAGUGUGUUUCGCUGUAUCCUGCUCAGAUGGGUGCGCAUGCUUGGCUUCGCCAUCGUGUACGGAACCAUCACGCUCAAGUUAUACAGGGUUCUAAAGGUGUUCCUGUCUCGCACAGCUCAGCGGAUCCCGUACAUGACCAGCUGGAAGGUUUUGUGCCUCCUGUGCAUCGUUCUUCUGAUUGUUCUUUGGUUCCUUGUGGCAUGGACUUUGGCUGUCCAGAACCCAGACUGGCACUUGGCACUGAUCACCAUGGGCUUCACCCCUGAGGGUUUGCAGUUCAGUAUGUGCCUUCUGGACCGCUGGGAUUACAUGAUGGCAGUGGCUGAGUUCCUGUUCCUCCUGUGGAGUGUGUAUCUGUGCUAUGCCGUAAGGACGGUGCCUUCAGCGUUCCAUGAGCCGCGCUAUAUGACCAUCGCAGUGCACAAUGAGCUUAUCAUCUCCGCUAUAUUUCAUGUGAUCAGAUUUACUUUUGCAUCUGAGCUGCACCCUGACUGGAUGCUUAUGCUGUUCUUCGUUCACACUCAUUUGACAGUGACAGUUACCCUGGGACUAUUGCUCCUUCCAAAGUUCCUGUUUGGGGGAACACAACUGAGAGACGACAUAACGGCCGAGGCUUACGAGGACGAGUUGGACAUGGGACGAUCAGGCUCCUACCUUAAUAGCAGCAUCACAUCUGCAUGGAGUGAGCACAGUCUAGACCCAGAGGACAUUCGGACACCAGACGAAAUGGGCCAGCUCAGUUCUAUUAAUGGCUGUGGCGUAAGGUCUUGCGACAGUCUUUGGGAAAAAUAUACCAAUGACGAGCUCAAAAAGCUAUAUUCCCAGUUGGAGAUCUACAAACGGAAAAAGAUGCUGGCUAACAACCCUCACCUGCAAAAGAAACGCAGCUCCAAAAAAGGCCUGGGACGCUCCCUCAUGAGACGCAUCACUGAGAUCCCAGAAACUAUGGGUCGCCAACAUAGCAGAGACGACAAGGAGCUGGGGGAACAUGGUAGCAACCGUAACAGCAUCUGUAUGCUGAGGAAGAAUACUUUUGAACCGUCACAUUCAGCAAAGCCAGCCAAGGAGGAGUCCCUAAAGAACAAGGUUUUCUCCUUGAAGAAAUCCCACAGUAGUUAUGAUCACGUCCGAGACCAAAGUGAGGACUCUAGCAGCUCGGCGACCGAUAAGAUGGAAGUAACUUCCACAGAGGGAUCACUUCUUGAAACACUUAUGGGGAAGAAGCUGGUAAAGAAAAAAUCAUCGGAGAAGAUUGACGUUGCCAGCGAGUCAACCGAGUCGGUUCCUUUGGUGUGUAAAUCAGCCAGUGCUCACAAUCUGACGGCAGACAAAAAGCCUCUUCAUCCGAGGACGUCUAUGUUGCAAAAGUCAUUAAGCGUCAUUGCCAGCGCAAAGGAGAGGACCCUGGGUUUAACGGGAAAGACCCAGUCCAUAGAGGACCCUAACAAAAGUGUUCAACAAAAGAACAAAGGAGCUAAAAGCCCUGUUGAGAAUGAAGAUGGCUACAUGAAGAUGAUCAUCAGUCAGUCUGUAGAAUACAAGCAGACAUCUGGCAAAGCUGGAAUAAUGAAACAUCAGGUUAGUGAAAGCCAAAUGACCAUCUGUUCUGAGUCAGUAAAAGGCAAAGAUGGUUUCAAUAUUUCUGAGGUGUGUCCUUGGGAAUUAGAGGAUUUGCCCACUCCCUCAGAGAACAGGGUACAAAAGCAUGUGUCCAUUGCUGCCGAAGAGUCCACCACCAUCCACUCCAACAGCACCAAGGCAGCUAAACAGCAGAAACAGAAAGGCACAGAUCAGUCACCUUCGAGCCGAAGACACAACCAGAAGCCUAUAGACAGAGCAGAUAUCUGUUCUUGGGAGGAUGGGAGUAGAGAGAGCCAAGGUCAAACAGAUGGACCCAAACCAAAUUUCUCUAGUCAAUCUCAUAUACAGACAUCUACAGGCAGAACCAAAUCUCAAAAAGCAGAUGUAUCUCCAUGGGACUUUGACGAAUUGCCAAAAAAAUCUAUAGACUCAACCUGUUCCAUUGGUCAGGGCAGAAAUAAACCUACAUCUCUAGAGGUCAAAAACAAAUUAAGCACAGUGAUGGACAUUAAAGGCAAGGGCACAAUCCCAACUGAAGGAGCAGCAAAAGAUGUCCUUUCUGAGCCCUUGAAAUCUUCAGGAAGCUGUUCCAAGGCAGAUGUAUGUCCAUGGGAUUACGAAUCAACAAGCCCCACCUUGGAAAAGAUUCCCAGCCCCACUCAGGUUUCUAAAACGAAAGAGACCACUGCUACAAAGAAGGGUACACCCCCUAUGAGAACAUUCCAGAAAGAUAAAGAGAAGAUGAAGGGAACGGCAGAUGAAAGAGCCAAAACAAAGUCAAAAGAAAAGUCUUCUUCAGGUAAACCAACAGAGAGACCUCUCAGCCAAGCCAGAGUGGCUGAGAUUUGCCCUUGGGAUGUAGGAAGUCAAGACACAGGUGUGAUGGAAAAACAGAAAAGUCCAAACACGGCAAUAGGAAAAACCAAGCAAGCUGCUAUUUGUCCAUGGGAGUUUGAAGAUUCAACUACAGAAGUGACCAGAAAUUCUGGCUCCUCUAUAGGGAAACAGAAAAGUCCAAAUUCCAAAGGAGGUCCAGGCGGUGCCAAAAUGGCAGACGUAUGCCCAUGGGACUUUGAUGACCAAUCUUCAACAAAAAAAGCAUGACAUUUGACCAAUAUGGACACCUAAAAACGUAGUUCUCAUCGUACGUGCAUUGUGUCAUCUUAUAAAUCCCUGGAACUCUAGAUCUCAUUUCUGGUGACUUCUGGGAAUAAAAAAAAAAUAAGUCGCACAAGCUGCCUUUCUUUACAAUAUUUUUUUUUUCUUUGUGCUUUUUUUGGAAAAAAAAAAAAAAGAAGUUACUAAAACAAACAAACAAAAAACUUGCAACAAAAUCAUCAAGCAUUCCAGAUUCUUACAAAGUACUCUUUAAUCACAAACAGUAGUAUGAGAAUUAUGCAACUCUUUAUGUGCAAUGUAGAACAACCUGCCUUUCCUCAUCACAUAUAUCCUUGUUUAUUAAUCAGAAUUUUUUUUCAUAAUUCCAUAAUAGCUGCAUCUGUAGCAUGUUUUUUUUUUUUUUUUUUACUACGUCAGUCAUAUGGGAUUGUAGAAUUCAAUACACUUUCCUGCAAAACCGAAGCACUUGGAAAUAAUCUAUGUAUUUUAACAAUACUCGGAAGGAGCAUGCAUGAAUUGUCUUAGGAUAAGCAUGAUCUUUGGUGUUUUAUGUCGGGUUGGGUUUGUUGGGUUUGGAAGUGACAUGUUAGAAAAGUAAUUGCCAAAGACAGAAGUGACGUUUUCGAAAGGUAUCGCGUGAGUAAUACACAAGAGUACUCAAAUGCAUAUCAAAUGCAAAUCUAUUUACAUUUCUGUUGUGAACCCAAUUCACAGUUUCGUGGUUGCUUGUGGGGACAAUUAGCCUGUAGCACUUUAGUAACUAGUAUAUUCUCAGACUAAAUGAGGUGUGUGUAUACAGACAUACUGUCACUGCGUUCAUGUUAAUGGAAUUAUUUGUGUUUAUUUAUUGGGUCAUUCUCAUGCAAUGGUACGUGGCUUUGGAUUUUUUUUGUUUGUUUUAGUUUUUUAUUUGGAAUAUUGCUUUAAGUCGAAACACCCUUUCAAUGCUUCCAAAUUUGCUGGUAUGAACGUGCCUAUCUGAAGAGUCUUGUAUAAGUCCUUUGUCUUAUUAAGGGAAAGCACAGCUCGUAUCCCGUCCUGUCUUUAUUUAUCUGUAUGCUGAGAGUCAAAUAUCAGUCAAACAAACAACACAUCUCACGUGGGAAUGGAAAUGCAGUUGGUUUUGCUGGGAAUUUAUUGGCACCCAUCUAGAAACAAUCAUAUAUAUAUAUAUAUAUAUAUAUAUAUAUAUAUAUAUAUAUAUAUAUAUAUAUUCUUCUUCUGCUUCUUCUUUCGGCUGCUCCCAUUAGUGGUCGCCACAGUGAAUCAGCCAAGACAUCAGAGUCAGCACUACUCUGUCUUCUACAUCUGCCUCUUUCAAACCAACUACCUGCAUGUCUUCCCUCACCACAUUCAUAAACCUGCUAAUUGUUUUUACCUCUUUUCCACCUUCCUGGCAGCUUCAUCCUCAGCAUUCUUCUACCGAUAUACCUCAUGUCCCGCCUCUGCACAUCAAUCCAUCUCAAUCUCAACUUCCUCACCUUGUCUCCAAAACGUCCUACAUGCGCUGUCCCUCUAAUAAACUCAUUUCUAAUCUUGUCCAUCCUCAUCACUCUCAAUGAAAACCUUAAAGUCUUCAGCUCUGCUACCUCCA